AUGACAAAGUCCCUGCCAAUUCUCCUCCUUACGACUGUGCUGAUCGACCGUCUCCAAUAUCCUGCAGUUUACCCUCAUUUUAACUUAUAUCCUUCGAUUGCAUGCUCAGUUAUCACUUCUGCUGAAAAGACGGCCGCCUCUCAGCCAAAAAAAUCUGUCAUUGUGGAACUUGCUCCAGCUUACCCCCUAUUUAAUCUUUACCCGCCGCUUUACCUGUAUAACCUCAAUUCGAUUUAUCCGGCACCGGCCAUCGAAUUAUCUUCAUCUGUAGUGCUCCCCAAAUCUCCUGUUUACCCUCAUGUGAACCUGUAUCCACAAGCCAGUACUGAGGUGGCUGGACCCCGGAGAGCAAAAGACGAGAUUGCGCAGCCCGUUCAAGUAAAACCUCGGCCACAAUAUCCUGUUUUCGAUAUCUAUCCUGCAGGCUAUCCGUGGAGCCUGAAAACAGUAUAUCCCCCAACCGAAGUCGAAGAUGCCUCUGAAAUCACUAUCCGCUUGUCAUCAUGCUAUCUAUGGCUGGACAUCUAUCCCUCGGUUUACCCUUUUGUUGAGCCAUACCCGACGUUAAAUAAGACGUGCGAGAGCCCUAUGAGCAUAUCUCAGACUCACUACAAGUCGGAAUGUGUGAAAGUCACCUUAGCUAGGUAUUACCCGUCAUUCGAUUUAUAUCCUGCGGCAUAUCCACACUUUGGCCUGUAUCCUACCUUACCAAAAAUUGGGUCCGGAGGUUCGCAACAAGAGGCGUCUGCCAAGGACAUUGUCGAUAGCGUAUCAGGUGACCUUGCGGGCACUUACCCAUACAUUUGCCCUUAUCCUCCCGCUUAUCCUCACUUUGACCUGUAUCCACGUGUUCAGAUACAUGUGUCCAGUGAUGACAAGGAUCUGACGACCAGCAAGUUCAUCGCUGCGAGUAGCACGUAUCCCUUUUUGGUCAUUUAUCCUGCUGUGUAUCCGCACUUCGAUCUGUAUCCCGCCCGUGCGGCAGAAUUAGCAAGUCGGGAGGAGGACAUUACCAACAAUCAGCUUUUCAUUUCGAGCAGCACGUACCCCUUAUUGGUCAUUUAUCCUGCUGUGUACCCCCACUUCGAUCUGUAUCCCGCCCUGUAUCCCUUCCUUGUCGUUUAUCCUGCCGUGUAUCCGCACUUCGAUCUGUAUCCUGCCCGCGCGGCAGAAUUAGCGAGUGGGGAGGCGGACAUAACUAACAGCAAGCCUUCCGUUUCGAGUAGCACAUACCCCUUCUUGGUAAUUUAUCCUCAUGUAUAUCCUCACUUCAAUCUGUAUCCCACUUGCGCUGCAGAGCUAGUGACCCGGGAAGAGUCCAACAUUCUGUUAGAAUGGACCACGGGCGCUGGGCCAACAGGUCUAGUAGCAGCGUUGACGACCUGCAUCUCAGUUCGUAUCAUCGAUAAAGACCCCAAUCCUCGCAUCGGACAGCGUAGUCCUGGCAUAAUGGCGUCGUACGCAAGUAGCUUCAGUUCACAUUUUUAG